AUGCCCGGCCUCGACCCUGACUCUCGGCGGUACCACGACCCUUCGAAGACCUCAUCUGUGAAGACAAAAGAUCGACAAACAGAGAAUGUGUUGCAAUGGAAUACUGCAAACCUGGGACUGCAGAUUGGGGCUGAUCUCGCUUCUGCUGCGAGUGCGUCGGCCUUGAUAGCGCCCGUUAUAUGCGUGAUUGAUCGAUCGAUUGUCGAAAAAGCAGCUCGAGGGGUUUCUUUUUCAUCUUGUCUUGUUGGAGCACUGCGGCCGGCGAUCACACGACCACACAAAUUCAUCUUUUCGCGACCAUUUCUCCUCAUCCUGUCGCUCUACUUCAGCACCUACACGACGGCCAAUGCGGUCGACACGAUCUCCUCAACCAUUUCGUCCACUCCCGCCUCCGCCGUCACAACAGGCCCUACAAAGUUCGUGGCGACGUCGGCGGUCAACAUGAGUAUGUGCGUGUACAAAGACUCAUGGUUUGUGAGGAUGUUUGGAGCGGGAGCUGGUGUCACAGCAACGCCGGUGGUGCCUUCUCCUACCACUGGCGCUGUUCCUCGACUGUCUUAUGCCUUGUUUGCCCUGCGAGACAGUCUGACCAUCUUCGCCUCGUUUAAUCUCCCUCCCAUGAUUGCGCCCCAGCUGGAAAGGCUGCCUGUGUCGUCCUUUCUCGGCACAGAGACGGCGCGGACCAACGCGGCGCAGUUUCUCGCCCCGGCGGCCGUGCAGUUGGUUUCGACCCCUAUCCACCUUUUGGGUCUGGAUCUGUAUAAUCGGAAAGGAUCUCUGGGGUUUCGCCAACGAUAUACUCGGAUCGUGAGAGAUUGGGCCGUCAGUGCUUUUGCGCGGAUGGGCCGGAUUAUUCCUGCAUUUGGCGUUGGUGGCGUUGUGAACUCCAACAUGCGCCGAAACCUCAUGACUAAGAUUGAAUCCUUAUGA